CGCGCCUGCCUCCUCCCGGCGCCGGCGCCGCUUUCUGGAAGGUUCGAGAAGACGGUGUACGCAGACCGUUACAACGCGGCGAGGAGAAUCUGUGUCCAUCCGUGCUUGCUGAGUCCACGCAGACUUAGUUGAACUUGCCAUGCCAGAGAAUUUGGCACCCCGGAGCGGGGCCCCCGCGGGUACUGCUGGCGGCCGCGGGAAAAGCGCUUAUCAGGACCGCGACAAGCCGGCCCAGAUCCGCUUCAGCAACAUUUCUGCAGCCAAAGCUGUUGCUGAUGCUAUUAGAACAAGCCUUGGACCAAAAGGAAUGGAUAAAAUGAUUCAAGAUGGAAAAGGUGAUGUGACCAUUACUAAUGAUGGUGCUACCAUCCUGAAACAAAUGCAAGUGUUACAUCCAGCAGCCAGAAUGCUGGUGGAACUGUCUAAGGCUCAGGAUAUAGAAGCAGGAGACGGCACCACGUCAGUGGUCAUCAUUGCUGGCUCUCUGUUAGAUUCCUGUACCAAGCUUCUUCAGAAAGGGAUUCAUCCAACCAUCAUUUCUGAGUCAUUCCAGAAGGCUUUGGAAAAGGGUCUUGAAAUCUUGACUGGUAUGUCUCGGCCGGUGGAACUGAGUGACAGAGAAACUUUGUUAAAUAGUGCAACCACUUCAUUGAACUCUAAGGUGGUCUCCCAGUAUUCAAGUCUACUUUCUCCAAUGAGUGUAAAUGCGGUAAUGAGAGUGAUUGACCCUGCCACGGCUACUAGUGUAGAUCUUAGAGAUAUUAAAAUAGUUAAGAAGCUUGGUGGGACAAUUGAUGACUGUGAGUUGGUGGAAGGGCUAGUUCUUACCCAAAAAGUGGCAAAUUCCGGCUUAACCAGAGUUGAAAAGGCUAAGAUUGGGCUCAUUCAGUUUUGUUUGUCUGCUCCCAAAACAGACAUGGAUAAUCAAAUAGUAGUUUCUGACUAUGCCCAGAUGGACCGAGUACUGCGAGAAGAGAGAGCCUAUAUUUUAAAUUUGGUGAAGCAAAUUAAAAAAACGGGGUGUAACGUCCUUCUCAUACAGAAGUCUAUCCUAAGAGAUGCUCUUAGUGAUCUUGCAUUACAUUUUCUGAACAAGAUGAAGAUCAUGGUGGUUAAGGAUAUUGAAAGAGAAGACAUUGAAUUUAUUUGUAAGACAAUUGGAACCAAGCCAGUUGCUCAUAUUGACCAGUUCACCACUGACAUGCUGGGUUCUGCUGAGUUAGCUGAAGAGGUCAAUUUAAAUGGUUCUGGCAAACUGCUCAAGAUCACAGGCUGUGCAAGCACUGGAAAAACAGUUACAAUUGUUGUUCGUGGCUCUAACAAACUGGUGAUUGAAGAAGCUGAACGUUCCAUUCACGAUGCCCUGUGUGUUAUUCGCUGCUUAGUGAAGAAGAGAGCUCUUAUUGCAGGAGGUGGCGCUCCAGAAAUAGAGUUGGCCCUGAGAUUGACUGAGUACUCAAGAACACUGAGUGGCAUGGAAUCCUACUGUGUCCGUGCUUUCGCAGAUGCUAUGGAGGUAAUUCCUUCUACACUAGCUGAGAACGCCGGCCUGAGUCCCAUUUCCACAGUAACAGAACUGAGAAACCGGCAUGCCCACGGAGAGAAAACUGCAGGCAUUAAUGUCCGAAAGGGUGGUAUCUCCAACAUUUUGGAGGAGAUGGUUGUCCAGCCUUUGUUGGUGUCAGUCAGUGCGCUGACCCUAGCAACUGAAACGGUCCGGAGCAUUUUGAAAAUUGAUGAUGUGGUAAACACUCGAUAAUCUGAAUACAGUGGCUGACUGGCAGCAUUAUAUUACCAGUACUGCAAUUCAAGUGGAAGAAGAUCUUGGUAUUCCUAGUUGUUCAAAGGGUUGUUUGUGCUCUGAAUUCCUGGACUUGGUCUUCUGGUUGGCGUUUGCUUGAAAUUGUGUUGGAACAACUCAAUAUUAAAUACCUGAUUUCAAAAGAU